AUGGCUGACUCUGCCGUGUCUAGCGGUGCGACCGCCGCCGCUGCUGCCGCUGCCAACAACUACAAGAAACUCAAAGAGGACUUUGUCUCCAACCUCUCCGGAGGAUCCGCCAACGAAGUGAUUCUCGUGACGGCCGUCGCUCCGCGCCGCCAGUCGUUUUUCCGGCCCUACUCGCCGCUCGCCUUUGUUGUCGACUUCUUCCUCAAUACCGGCGCCAUCCUCCUGGCCAUCACACUCUACUCGAGCCAACCCCUCCUCCUCAAUGGCCUCCUCAUUGCCCAGACCCUUUUCGUCUUGGCCCUGCCGCGCGGGCGGCCUCGUCGCGUGGCCAAGAAACCACCAAAAGCCGCCGUCGGCUCCAAAACAUCCAAACCCGGCAAGGCUGCUUCGGCCGGCGGGCCCGUCGCCCUCCCCAAGAAGGCAUUCCUGACUACGUACCGCGGUACCAUGAUGACCGUCACCUGCUUGGCAAUCCUGGCUGUUGACUUCCGCAUCUUCCCGCGCCGGUUUGCCAAGGUUGAGACUUGGGGCACCUCGCUGAUGGACAUGGGCGUUGGGUCGUUUGUCUUUUCGGCCGGGGUGGUGGCCGCACGGUCCGUACUGAAGGAGCAGCAGGGGCAAACGGCAGGGCCGUCGUUGGCACGUCGCCUUCUGACCUCGCUGCGUCACUCGGUGCCGCUGCUCGCCCUAGGAAUUGUGCGACUACUCAGUGUCAAGGGCCUCGACUAUGCCGAGCACACCUCCGAGUACGGCGUGCAUUGGAAUUUUUUCUUCACGCUGGGCCUUCUCCCGCCAUUUGUCGCCGUGGCCCAGGCCGCACUGCAGUUGAUCCCUUCGUCGGCUGUACUGUCGCUGCUUCUGGCCGGCGCGUACCAAGUCGCCCUUGAAACAACAGACCUCAAAGCGUAUGUGCUGACAGCGCCACGGGUGGACCUGAUCUCCAAGAAUCGUGAAGGUCUGGCCAGCUUUAUCGGAUACCUCGCCAUCUUCUUGGCCGGCCAGGAUACCGGCACGUAUUUGCUACCACCCUCACGGCCGGCGACACCACAGAACACCAGUGGCGGUGCACUGGCCAGAGUGCGGCAGACACUGUCGGCCAACCGUCUUGCGGUCUGGUCGGUCGGAUGGUGGGUGCUGUACCAGCUGUCCAUCAACCGGGCACCGUACGGCCUGGGCUUGACCGAGUCGCGGCGCAUGGCCAACCUGCCGUACGUGUUGUGGGUGCUGUCCUUUAACGUUCAGCAGCUGACCAUGUUCUAUCUGGUCGACAAGUUCGUGUUUGGCGGUGACAGCCAGGAGGGUGACACCGAUGACAAUGGCAAACAAGAUGCCGCCACAGCACACGACGAGUCCACGAGUGUGGUUCUGCGGGCCUUUAACCGCAACGGCCUCCCCAUCUUCUUGCUGGCCAACCUGCUGACCGGCCUGGUCAACAUGACGGUGCCCACGCUCGACGUGGGGCAGGCGAUGUCCAUGGCCAUCCUGGUCGCGUACGCGGGCGUCGUGACUGCGGUCGCCGUGGCGCUCGAAGUGUACAACAUUACAAUCAAGUUGUAA